AUGGAGCUGCUCCAGGCGGAACGUGACUCGCUGCUUCGUACCGUUGCGGAAGAACGGGCAAGAACGGCCGAGAUUCAACGCCUCGCCGAGGCGGAACGAGCCAUCGUCGAGCGGCUCAAGCGCGAGGGCAACGAAGGCGAGCUCUCUGCAACAGAAGCCCGGCUCCGAAUUCUCCAACUCAAACAAGACAUGCAGGCGGCAGGUGCCAAGGCACCACGUCGUCCGACGACAGGACUAUUCAAAUCGGUCUGCUCCACCGACUUGCUGUUCCUCCUUGACACCACUGGCUCCAUGUGGGACUACAUUAACGCCGCAAAGGACCAAGUCAGGAGCAUCGUGAAAGACAUCGGAGAAUCGUUUCUCGGCGAAGCGGAAGUACGGGUCGCGGUGGUGGGCUAUAAGGACCACGGUGAUAAACCUAAUAUCCAGUUUCUAGACUUUACGCCGUCCGUGGAUGAAGUACAUAGGUUUCUUAACACGCUACAAGCUACCGGCGGGGGCGAUGCACCCGAGGACGUCCUGGGAGGUCUUCAACAAGCCAUCAACGCAUCGUGGUCGCACCAGACUCGGUGCGUCAUCCAUAUCGCAGACGCUCCACCACAUGGCAGCGAUUUACAAUUAGUCCCGGACGCAGGCGACAAAUUCCCCGUACCCGGAACUGAGCCACACGGUCUCACCCACAAACCGCUACUCAGGCGGAUGAUCGCCCUCAAACUCAACUAUACUCUGCUCCGUAUCAACAGUAGCACGGACCGUAUGGCCACCGAAUUCUGCAAGGAGUACGAUGCUGCUUCUGCGGACUGCAGGCUACACAAGGAUCACAUAUACUACUUAUAUCCGGCCACGGGCACGCGCACGGACACAAGCACUCGGAGCGGGACAAGUUCUAAGCGCAGCGCCAAAGCCGGGCUGGUAUUUGAGGAGAAUGAGCUCGGAACUACUUUUAGUGCAUUACAGCACCUGGUUGUCAAAAUGGUCACCACUUCGGCUUCUCGCACAGCUGUUCGUGUGUCGGGGAGCCGAGCGACCAAGCUAGUGGGUGACAAGAAGCAGGAUGCGAAGCUUCGUGCUAUCAACGAGGAUGAGGAUGACGAGGGCGACGAGAAGCGGCUGGAGAUCACCCUACCCCAGUGGGACACGCCCGGAUGGCUCAACGAGGCGCUGUCGGUAGAAGGUUUCUCUCCUGAUGUUAUCGUGCACAACGCCAGUACCCUCAACGAAAUGAUGGCGCAUGACGACAACAUCAUGAUGGGUAUCACCGAACUUUCCAUCUACAAGCGGUCGCGGCCAUUUGCCGAAGGCGCGCUGCGCGAGGCGUUUUAUGCCCGCACGGCGGCUUCUACCAACCGUUUCGUGGUCAAGUCAUUCAAGCGAGACGGAAAGCGGCUCGCACAUUUGGCCGAAGACAUGCGGUGCCAAGCGCUAUGCAAAGCCUUUGCACUCGAGUUCAACGCCUUCUCGGGGGAGGAACACGCAAUUGACUUCAUCGUAACGACGUGCUUGAAGGGCAAAGCGGGGAUAACGUCAGGCUCUGAGUGCAUGUCCCUCGAACCUUUCCUCGAAGGCACGUACGUCAAGUAUAACAACAACUGCGGCUAUGUCAACGAGGAACAGUCCGAUGAUCGGUUCAACCAAGCCGCGCAAGCGUUCUCGCACUUCACUUUCGAGCGCUCGCAAGGCCGCUUUUUAGUCAGCGACAUGCAGGGUGUUGGACACUUACUUACUGACCCGGCCAUCCAUUCGCUCGAUCCCGGACGGUUCCAGCUAGCGGACACUAACCUUGGCCAGGAAGGGUUCAAGUUCUUCUUCGCCACGCACGCCUGCAAUGACAUCUGCCGCAAGUUGGAUCUCAAGAGCAACGGCGCAAUGAUCUCGUCGGGCGAGUACAAAUUCCGGGAGGAGUGGCCGAACAUGCACAAUACGGUGUGCUGCUCCAACAAGCUUUGCGGCAAGAUUGUGCGGAAAUCCAGCUCCAAGAAGUCGGAAAAGUUCCCCGGGUACCGCUGGUGCGAAUUGUGCUGGCUACAGGUACGCAUGUUUGCCGUCAAGCGGAUCUGUGUCGCUCCCGGGCCGUACCACGAGUUCUAUACGUCCGAGUUCUUCUGCGAAUCACAGGGGCGAAGCGUAAUACGGAGAUGCCCCGAUCAUCGUGGGGAAGAAAUUCCAGAGGCCAAGAAUGCAAUGGUGGUGGUUGAAAGCUUUUGGUCGAAGUUGAAAUCUGCGAACAAGAGGAGGUCCUUCUUUAGGAGGAGUCGUUAA